UGUCCGGACACAUGGGACACAAUAUACCGACAUCGAUCGCCAGACGGGCCAAUUGUCCGCAAACACCUUCCGUUACCCAACGCAACAUGAAGUCCGUUAUUGUCGCAGUGUUGCUCGUAGUGGCGGCAACGGUCGUCGGCGCCUCGUCGGUGCGCGUCAAGAAGGACGUCGGGUCGAAGAACAGCAACGAACAGUGCGUGUACGCGGACGUUUCGAAGACGGGCAGGAAGACGAUUGUCUGCGGCGAUCCGGCACCACCCACGCUGGCCGCCGUCUUGGCCAGUCAGCUACAGCGACAGUCGACGACCGCCGAGGCCAGAGUCCCGUCGGAAAAGUGUCUUGACAGUCUGCACAAACCCAAAGCCGGCCCGGUGUCCGUGUACGUGCAACCACACCAAGAACAGCCGCACUACGAACAGUUUCACGUGAUGCACCAUCAGGUGCCUCAGGUGCAGUACGUGCAGCAGCAACAGCCUCUGGUUCACUACCAGCCGACGGUCGUCUACCAGAAACCGGUUGCUAAUGUGGUACCUUACAAGUCUCCGUGUUCGCAAAACGGUGGUUACUCGGACGGUUGUUUCUCGGGUGGCAAUUACUUCGGUGGAAGUUACUCGGGCGGCGGUUACCGCAUGGCCGACGAACCAUAUCCCAUGGCGAUACUGACGAGGACAGUAGACGAUACCGACGACGGCUUAUACGAAGAUGACAACAUGCAACCGAUGACGCAGAACUACAUGGAGGCGGGACCUUACGAAGACACGUUAGCCCGCAAAGGGUUUGGUGGCAGCCGUCCUAGAACAUUAGCGAUGCGACCCACGCCGCUGUUCGUUCCAGCGAUGGUGAGGUCAGUGGAACCAUACGGCUACGAAGGCGGUCCGGUCCCGGAAUGGCAGCCGCAGCAGAGGUUCGUAUCGGAACCGGAGUUCCAGUUCCCGGGCCCGUUCCCGCAACAACCGUUGGUCGGCCGGUCGAUGGCUGCAGCUGUGGCGGAGGGUCCGUUCGACAGGCGGCAGUUGGCAUUCAGCGGUUACAUGCCCGUAAGGCCCGAGACGAUUAUGUCGAUGCCGGACCGGUACAACUACGGCGGAUACUCGAGAACAGCCGGACAACAACAGCAGCAAAUACCACAACAACAACUGCAACAGCAGCAACUAUUACAACAACAACUGCAACAACAACAACAACAACAACUGCAGCAGCAGCAGCAGCAGCAGCAACUACAGCAACAGCAACAACCCCCGCAGGUCGUCGAACCGGUCCAGCAGUUGCCCGGUGGAGAGGUGGACGGAGCGAUGACGGCGGUGCCCGCAAAGGCCGAACCGAAAGAUUUGAAAUCGGCCAAGAAAAUCACGAAAAACUAAACUCCACGAUAUGGUUAGUCAGUAAAUAAUAUUUUAAAAUUGAUUUCCGUGUUAAGAUUUUCCGUGUAACGGAAGUAAUACACUGUAUUUUAUUGUAUCCGAUUCGGCGUUCCUUUAUUAUACGUUACUGACCGACUGCGGCCACGACUUUUUUAAGAUA